AUGGAACUGCUGGAUGUUGGACACGCGGCACUUCGCCACCGUCCACUUAAGGACGCCACACAGGGAUCAGGUUUGCUCUCAGAUACUCUGUGCUCUUUAACUUUGGAGGCAGAAGCUGGAGAUAAAGUCACUGUUUGGUGCCAACAUAACCUGACUAGAACAGGCUACAUCUACUGGUUUAAACACACAAGUGAUUCAGUUCCACUUCUUAUUGGGUGUAAACAAUUUUUUACAUCAGCUCCAUCAGAAACGUGUUACUUCUUUACUGAAAGUGAGAGAAUAGUGACGGCUGUUCAUGACAAGAACACGUCUCUCACCAUCACUGCAGUAAAUGUCUCUGAUACAGGACUCUAUUACUGCAUCUACAUGGAAAAGAAUCAGAUUCCAUUCAGUGAUUCAGUUUACUUAAGAGUGAAAGGGGUAAAUAAAACACUGACCAAGAUCACAGACAGAGCAAAUGGUUCAGACUGUCCUGCUGUGUCCUUCAUGCUGACUGCUGUGUUUGGUGCAGUGAUUGUGAUCGUGAUUCUUCUCAGUGUCCUGAUCUUCAUCAUACUGAAGCACAAAGGUCAUGAAGCAUCGAAAAAUAAGGAUCCUGAAGCAGACUCAGAACAUUUUGCUGCACUACAUCUUCCAAAGAAAAAAAACAAGAGGGCAAAUAAAUGCAAUAAAAUCGUGUAUACAGAUGUUGCUUCUUGA